GUAUCAGCUGCCGUGAGGUUUCCCCUACCUGCCCGGAAAAUGCUAGCAAGUUUCCAUGUUUUCAAGACAAGUUUUUGUUGUUUUUCUUCCUCUAUUCUCGACAUUUCUGCUUUUUCUGUACUUAUAAUGUCCUUCAAAGAUAAGAUUAAGGAAGUGUAUAGUACUUCUUGUUUUCUUUUCAAACAUAAAAUGUGUCUGCCCAUUUCCAAAGUGUUUGUACACUGUCCACGACAACUCUAAAUUGAUUAGUGAAUGGAUAAGAAACAGCAUAUUGCAAUAUUUACUACUGCAAGCAUUCCAUGGCUGACUGGAACUGCUGUGAACCCUUUGUUUCGUGCUGCCUAUCUUGCCAAAAAUGGUGAGAGGAAGGUCACUCUGGUUGUCCCUUGGCUGCCUUUGAAAGACCAACAACACUUGUUUCCCAACAACAUCACAUUUUGUAAUCCUUCUGAGCAAGAAAGCUAUGCCCUUCAGUGGGUUGAAGAGAGGACUGGAUUCAAAUCAAAUUUCAGGAUACAUUUUUAUCCUGCAAAAUUCUAUGUAGAGAAAAGGAGCAUUCUUGGAUUGGGAGACAUUACAGUUGUAAUCCCAGAUGAUGAAGCAGACAUAGCAGUUCUUGAGGAGCCUGAGCAUCUUACCUGGUAUCAUCAUGGGAAGAGAUGGAAAUCGAAGUUUCGCCUUGUUAUAGGAAUUGUCCACACUAAUUACAGGGAAAUUGUCAAGAGAGAAAGGAACGCCUUAGCGGCGUUUUUCCUAAAAUACAUAAAUACUUGGGUUGUCAACAUAUACUGCCACAGGGUUAUAAGGUUGUCUGCUGCUACACAGGAUCUUCCUAGAUCAAUUGUGUGCAAUGUCCACGGAGUGAAUCCGAAGUUUCUUGAGAUUGGUGAGAAGACGAAAUGGCAGCAGCAGAAUGGUGCUCAAACCUUCACCAAAGGUGCCUACUAUAUUGGAAAGAUGUUGUGGAGCAAAGGCUAUGGGGAGCUACUUAAACUUCUAAGUGAUCAUCAAAACAACCUUGCUGGAAUCGAAAUUGAUUUAUAUGGAAGUGGCGAGGAUUCUGCUCGAGUUCAGCUAGCUGCCAAGAAGUUGGAAUUGGCAAUCCGGAUUCAUCCCGGACAGGAUCACUCUGAUCCUAAAUUUAAUGAUUACAAAGUGCUGCUGAAUCCAAGCACAACAGAUGUUGUCUGUACAGCCACAGCAGAAGCAAUAGCAAUGGGGAAAAUAGUUGUGUGUGCCAAACAUCCCUCAAAUGAGUUCUUUAUGCAGUUCCCAAAUUGCUGGACAUACAAUGAUGAUGAUGAUGGGUUUGUCAAUGCCACUCUCAAGGCAUUGUCCGAGCAACCCGCCCCUCUGACUGACAAACAAAGACACGAGCUUUCAUGGGAGGCUGCAACAGCACGGUUUCUGCAGGCAGCACAGCUAGACAAUGUACCAAAGCAGAAACAACCUAAGACAAGUUCAAAGCCUUUCCUCUCGAAAUCCAUUAGUCUACACAGUCACCUCGAGAGCGCAUCAGCGUUUGUGCAUUACAUCGGAACUGGAUUGCUAUAUUCACCACCAAACGACGAGCAAUGCAGAGAGCUUGGAUUGCCUGUUCCUUCCAAGAAAUGGAGACUUCUUCCUUCUGAAAGAUGAAUAUGAGCCUUACUUUGGCUUGUAGAGUGGCAUGAAUGACAAUUAUGAUUAUGAAUGGGCAUAAUAUGUGAUAUGUUUUAUUUUUUAUAAAAGUACUAUUUUAUACUGUCA